CAAAAACUCUAAACCCUAACCAUCCCUUCCAACCUUCCUACCCAACAAAAAUCUCUAUACCCUAACCUUCUUGUCUUUAAUUCUCUUCGUAAAGGCACGAAACAUCCGAUCGAUCAUAAAAUCUUAUUAGAUUCAUCUCUCUUUGAUGGCCCCGACUUUGAGGAAAAGGGACAAAACUCACGCCUCUCUCUCUCCGGCUUCAAAUUCACACUCACCCAAGGAUAAGAAGAAGCCUAAGUUAACCGAGUUGGCUAAGGAGAGCGUUAAGGGCAAGAAAAAGCCGCAGUCGACCGAGUUCACUGAGGAGACUGUUGACGCAUUGCUCAAUGACACUAUUGACAGACGUAAUUUUAAGGAAAAAUGUGAGAAGCUAAAGGAUUGUGUCACCUAUUUGCAUGAACGAGAAAUUAUGCAUCUUUCUGAGAUUGAGAGUCUCAAGAAAAAACUGGCAAAGAUGGAGAGUGAAUCAGAUGAAAAGGAAAAAGUAUACAAGGAAGCUGUGGAUUUCUUGGCCGUAAAACCGGUGGUAUUAGCUCUUUCUAAAAAGGCCGCAAAAGAUGCGCAGCAGCUAGUGAAAAUGACCGGUGAUGCUCUGCAGGAUAUUGAAAAGAUCCAGACGAAGUUGACCCAUCCGGGAGCCGCCAGGGCUUCUUAG